AUGAUUGAAACACGUCUAGAUGAUGUAGAGAAUAUCUUUAAAGAUCUUCGGGAAUCGUUUAACAGUGGUACAACAAAGUCACUAUCAUGGCGUAAAAAACAAAUUGAACAACUCUAUAAAAUGUGCGAUGAACAAAAGCAUGUCUUUGCUUCAGCCUUAAAUGAUGAUUUUCAUCGGCCAUCAUUUGAAACACUAGUAUUCGAUUGCGGUUCAAUUCGUAAUGAAUGUACUCAUGCUCUCAAUGAAAUCGAUGAAUGGGUACGUGAUAAAAAAAUUUCGGAUGCAUUUGCUUUUGCAAUGUUGGACAAGUAUAUUCACCCUGAACCGUUAGGAAUUGCUUUAAUUAUUGGUUCUUGGAAUUAUCCAUAUUUAGUUACGUUAGCCCCAUUAGUUGGUGCCAUAGCUGCUGGUAAUUGUGUUAUUCUGAAACCAUCAGAAUUGGCGCCAAAGUCUGCUGCUAUUAUGGCAGCCAUGGUUGAACGUUAUCUUGACCCAUCAUGUGUUCGUGUUGUAUUGGGUGGUGCUGAUCACGUACAAGUUUUACUUAAAGGUGAUAUCAAUAAAGUUUUUUAUACGGGUUCGACAGCAGUUGGAAAAAUAAUCAUGAAAGCAGCAGCAGAAAAAAUGAUUCCGGUAACACUGGAAUGCGGUGGGAAAAAUCCCGUUUAUAUUGCGGAUGAUGCUAAUAUGGAAAUUUGUGCAAAGCGUAUUGCCUGGGGAAAAGCUAUCAAUUGCGGACAAACUUGUUUAGCACCUGAUUAUAUAUUGUGUUCAAAGACCACAGAAAAUCGUAUUGUACCUGAAAUCAUAAAAGCUUGGCGACAAUUUUAUACAGAUACUCCAUUCAACUCUGAAUCGUAUUGUCAUAUUAUUAAUAAUCGUCAUUUUGAACGUGUCAAAAAAUUAAUCAAUCAAAAUAAAGUUGUUCAUGGCGGACAAACAGAUUCAGAGAAUAAUUAUAUUGCACCAACGAUCAUGACCGACGUUACUGAAAAUGAUGAUAUUAUGCGUGAAGAAAUAUUCGGGCCAAUUCUUCCAUUUAUAACAGUGAACAAUGAAGAGGAAGCAAUUAAAUUUAUGAAUAACAGAGAUAAAUCUUUAGCUCUCUAUGUGUUUUCAUCAACAAAAAGUUUAGCUCAACGAAUUAUAAAUUCAACAAGUGCUGGCUCAACAUGUGUUAAUGAUGUUAUUUUUCAAAUUGCUCCACCAUCAUUACCAUUUGGUGGUGUUGGUGCCAGUGGUCUUGGUUCCUAUCAUGGAAAAUAUUCAUUUGAUACUUUUAGUCAUCAACGUACAGUUGUCUAUGCGCCAAAUUGGACUGAGCCUAUUCUUUCUAAACGUAAUCCACCGUAUAAUCCAACAAUAACAGGUUUAAUGGAAAAAUUAACUAAAGUUCACCGUAAUUGGUUUCCUAUGCCGCGGUUUAAUUGUUUCAGCAUGAUGUUCACGGUCCUAGCAUUAGCUGUUGGAAUAAGUAUGACCAUGAACAGAAUGAAGGAUGAUAAAUCCAAAGUUUAA